AUGUCUUCCGAAAGUUCGAAGCUUGAUGCCGAGACCCAAUCCCGAGUCGUGUGCUCUUGGCUUCGUCCUCAUACCAAGGUUAUCUCGGAAAAAGAAAAAGGAAAUGAAAGUCCUGGUGAUUCUGGCAACUCCGUAGCCGGUCUAUCUAAGUCGAGAACAGAUGUUGCCGAGCCMAKUCCUCUCGUUGUGGACGAGUUCCGCCUUCUUGACGAGCCUCUUGAAGUGAAAACCGAGCCAAAUGAGUUUGAAACUGCUGUACAUACUGAGGCUUACAAACAGGUCUUUGCCUUAGCCGGACCAUCUCAGCCAGGUAAGAAGAAACGCCGAAUCAAAAGGAGUGUUCCCGAUCCACCUGGUUCAAUCCUUUCGACCGAGGACUCUCUUCAUGAUUUGAGGGAGAGCUGCCACUUUUCUGAAGAUGUUGAGAUAUUGGUACCAUCUUCUUAUUGUCGAGCUGACGAGCCUCCAGAAGGAUUUUUUACAGUGUACGAGAGCUACUUCCGCGACUGCUUUCUAUGGUUUCCAAUCUCGUACGUUAUUUGGAGUUUUUGA